GUGUGUCCGUCUCAGUGUGUGUGGAGUUGUGUCUUGUGUUGUCUUGUGCUGCGCGGGGCUCCAGGCGUCGCGGCCCCACCAGGAGUGUGCUGUGAAGUGAUACAGUGGUGUUGGUGUUGCUUCUGGUGCUACUGGUGCCGCGGGAGUGAAAAGAGAGGCUGCCAGCAUCCCAGCAGAGGGAGCCUCACAUUAUCGGAAAGAAAGUGGCUGAUGAGUGUUGACGCCUGUCUCCUCACGCCAGACUAGGAGACCUUUACCUCAUUAUAGCCUGGGCCACCUCCCUCUCAGCGGGGCUGCCCAAGGCGUGAGGCCACGUGUGGUGUUGCUGAGCAAGUUUUGUCAUCUGCUGGAGGUGAUGUGACGAACAGUGUGAAAAACUGCGUGUCCAGCCCACCCGCUGCCGCCAUAAGUGUGCCGCUCUGCAGGAAUGUCCCGGAUACGGACUCCCGCCGUGGUCUGGUGAGGCGGUGAGCAGAACGCGUGCCCCCACCCCGCCACGUGCCAUGUUGGGCCUGUGGGCGAGGACUUGAGGCAGGCAGGCGGCAGGUGGGCCAUGGUGUGGGGAGAGACGCGAGGCUGAAGGUGAGCAGCCUCAAGUGUGAGUGAUCACGAAGGUCAGCCGCGCAGUGAUGCUGGCGCGCGGAGGGACUGUUAGCGAGAGCAGCCUCGAGAGGACGUGUAGUGACCACCCCUGGGGCAGCCCUGGCAGACCUGGCAGACCCGGCAGACCCGGCAGCCUCAGGGCCCGAGGCCAUGUACCGGGGCCCAUGCCUGGCGGACAUCUCGGAGGCUGAGGAAGAGGCAAAUGAGGACUCGUUAUCGUCGGCCUCCACGGCCUCCUUCUGGAGCCACGAGCGGGAGCUGUACGACCCCUGGUGGCGCGCCACGCCGCCCACUGCUGCCGCCAUUCGGGCCUCCUCCUCCACGCCGCCGCUGUACCGCGGUCUGGUGCGCACGGCACCUCCCACCUCCCCUGUGCGGACCAGAGCGCGGAGACCGAAAAGAUCUGCUCCCACCGGGCGCAGCACCACGCCUCCCGCUCAUUCCUACGCCCCGCCCAGGAGACGCGCCAGACCAUAUGGUGAGUGUUACGAUCCUGUCCUUCAUUCCAGCUGUCGCGGGGGAGGUGAUGGCCGAGACAACAGUGGGGGGUCGGGGGGCAGCAUGCCACCUGCUGCCAACGGCCAUGCCAGUCAGACAGGCCAGCAGCAGCAGCAGCAACAGCAGAAGGAGCGGCAGCCCAACCCAGCCACCACAAAGAAGAGCCCCGCCCAGAAGGAUGCUUAUUGGCUUACUCAAGGGGAUAACUUGGAGCCAAGUAAACCACAAAGGGCUUCAAUGGCAGGCCCUAAUGACCUCUUUUUUGGAGAAGGAGAUGACAAGUCCUCUGGCUCCUCUCUCAAAGACAGAGAGGAGCGGCUGCGUCAGCUGAGGGACCGACAGCAACUGGAGAAGCAACAGAAGCUGGAAGAACUCAAGGAGCAUGCAGCAGCAGCCCAGCGCUUCCGGGAGCAGCAGGAAAAUGAGCGACGGAAGCGGCUGGAGGAGAUGAGGAUGCGUGAUGCAGACCGGCGCCAGCAGGUGGAGGAGCGCAAGAAGAUCAUCCAGCAGGCAGAGCAAGACAGAAGGGAGGCCGUCAUUAGGAAGAAUAUUGAGAGAGAGCAACGGCUUGAGUCCAAACGGCGCAAUGAGAGGAGCAACAUUGUGUUUGCAUUUGGCAGCUCCACCCCACGCAUGCUGGAUCCCAAGGACAACUCCAACUCCUCCUACUGGGCCUCCCGCAGGGCCACUUCCACCACCAAUGUGCACAUGGUAGAUGGCUCCCUUGCCCGCCGCGCCUCAGAGUGUGGCGAGACAGACCUCAGCCGGAAGCGUGCUACAUCAGCCCAUGGCCUCGACAGGAAGCCUGAAGACCUGCGUAUGUCAAGCUCGAUGUAUGAAGUGUUUCACUGGGACGAGGGCAGCUCCAUUCACCCUCACCAUCCCCCUACCACCCAAGGUACCCGGCUGACCAAGUCUCGUGACUCGUCACUGGAGCGCAAGACCCCACCCUCUGCCCUCACCUGGGUCAGAUCCUACACACCCCAACCUAAUCCUCAAUCAUCCACCCCAGUCUCUGCUGGUGAUCCUCAUCCUCCAUCCUCCACCUCAUCCUCAUCCUCAGACAAAACCCCAACAAACACUUCACAGUCCCGUUUCUGCGUGUGGGAGUUUGGGGAUAACUUCACUGCACUGGGUCCCACAAAUCAAAGUAGCGGCGGUAACGGCCAACCGGCUUCUUCCUCACCGGCUUCAACACCCACAUCUUCCACGCGCUAUUCUCAUAGAACUGCUUCUGUAUUUACUGGGGCUGGGUGCACUGUUGGUGGAGAAGAUCUAAUGACAAGAUCAAUGACGGCAGCGAUUCCCACCACGGCCGCCCGGCGCCGCACCGACCUGAUGCCAGCCAUGCCUUCCCUGCGCGACAGCACGGGCAGCCGCAGCAGCCCCCGCCAUCGCUCACCAGGUAGGGCGCUGUCUCUCGGCCGGCUUGACGAGCUGGCCCGCCCACGCCACCGCAACCCCCCUCUUGCACCCCUGCAUGAAAGUAGCCCCUCCUGUGACCGCAUGACCCCGCCCACCCGCACCAUGUCCAAGAGCAUGAGUCACCUGGGGCCACGACCCCCGAGGCCACCCGGCCCGGAGGCGGCCUCCAGUGCGCUGGACAGGGGGGUGUCACGCAGCUCUGUCUCAUUGGCGCAGCCUCGCCUGACGCGUGCUGAAAUGCUUAGACAGAAAAAGCUACGAGGAGCUGCAGAGGACACCAACAGCCUCAGCACCAAGAGCAGCCAGCGGGCCCAAGGCAUGCGUAGUGGGACAGUGACCCCGAAUUCUCCUUCCCGCCCCACCUCCGCCUUGAGUCAGGGAUCCACCAACAGCAGCCAGGUGUCGUACCGGCCAAGAACUUCUCCCCGCAAGCCACGUCCUCUCAGCAUUGCAGGCUCCUCUCUGUCCUCUGCUGAUAAACCCAGAGAUGUUGCUGCCUCAGAGUCAAGGGAAGGCAGGCCUAUGGAGAGAAAAUUGUCAGCUGGGUCAGCCUCCUCCUUCACCAAGCCUACCCGAGCCAAGAGUGCAGGGUCUGAGAGAAGCACGCCCUCCACUCCAGCACGCACCCCAGUCAAGGUCGCCACUCCAAAGAAGACUCCAGCACAAGUCAAAGCUGAAAGUGCUGCUAAAAAGGCUGUUGAGAAGAGCAAGUCAACUCCUAAAGCUAAAGUUACUCCUAAAACAACUCCUCUGCAGUCACCAUCAGUAGAAAGUAAGCCUCUGGUUGUUGCAAAGUCCAAGAAGUCAUCCUCCCCCAGGGAAGGCAGCACAGUGGAGGACAAGGGUGAAACAGAAGCUAUCAAGGUGGAAGAGAAACCAGCUGAUGACGUUGCCAAGGUGGAAGAGGAACCAUUGAGCGAAGCCAUUAAGGUAGAAGAGAAACCAUUGAGUGAAGAACAGAAGGUACAGGAGGAAGUCAAACAAGAAGCUGACAAGCCAGCCACAGAGGAACCCAUUGCCCCGGCUGAGGUUCAGGCUGUUCCACCCACAGCUGAGCCAAUUGCACCACCCAGCCAAGAAAAAGAGAAAAAGGAAGUACCCAGUGAGAGCAAAGAUGCCACCAGCGUCCCACAGGAUACCAAAAUAGAAAAGGAUAAUAUUACCCAGGAUAGUGCAGAGGCCAAAGCUGAGGCUGAGAAGUCCUUAGCACAGAAAGCUUCUGAAAAGCCAGUUACAGGAUAUGCCACUGAGGAGGAAUACAAGGCAGCCCUGGCAGAGAAGCGAAGGCAGGCUAGGGAGGCAAAGGAGAGGGAAAUGGAACUAGAGCGCCAAAGGCAGCUUGAAGAGGAGGAGCGAGAGCGGAGAGAGGAAGAGGAAUACCUAAGGUUGAUGGAGGAGCAGCGUAAGGCAGAGGAAGAGCGGCUCAGGAAGGCCAUUGAGGAGGCUGAGCGUAACCGUGUUGAGGAGGCAAAAAAGAGAGAAGAGGAGGAGAAGCAGAGGCUAGAGGCUGAGCGUAUUGAACAACAGAAGCGUCUGGAAGCUGAAGUGCGGCUGAAGAAAGAGGAGGAAGAGCGACAAGCCCGCAAGAGUCGAGUGGCUGCCAUCAUGGCCAGGACCCGAGGCAAGGGGGGCUCAAACACCCCAACUAAGAAUGAGUCCAAAACUCCCUCUGAGGAAGGCAAGAAUUUUGGUGAUGGUCUCAUGUCCACCAGCAUGACUGAAUCCAUGACCAACUCUAUGAUAGCAGAGAUUCAAGCAGAAACUGCUGCAGCUGCCACUGAUAAGCAGCAGGACGACUCUCAGCCCAGUGCUCCUGAGUCCAGCCAGCCUCAGCCCCCAGCAGUCUCUCAGACAGUUACUGCCAUAGACUCUACCUCCACUAAGAAUCAGGAUGUGAGCCUCAUUGAGGUGACUCAGAGCAGUGUGGUGGAAGACAUUGUCAGUGGUGUUGCCUCAGUGAAAAUUGAGGAACCACAUGUGAAUGGAGAUUCCCCAGUUCCCAUGGAAACAACUCCCACACACACUGUGGAUCUGCUGGGGACUAUUAGUGAUGUAAAUAGUGUAAAUCUUAAUGGCGUAGACAACAGCACACCGCCUCAAACCAGUCAAGGGACAGACAACCUUCUAGACUCAUUAGACCCCCUCAGCUCGUCCCUCUCCACUUCCACCACCACCUCCACUUCCACCACCACUACCACCACCACACCUGCAGCAUCUAAUUUUGAGCAAAUCAUUGACUUGGGCCAAACUAAACUCAGCAAUGAAGAUGCUGUCAAUAGCAAUCCACCAUCUCCAUUUAUAGCCUUUGAACAAAAUUUGAACAAGAAGCCAAACCAGGAGAAUGCAAGCACUGUGCCAGAUCUGCUACUGUAGACUCCCAAUGUUAAUAGUUAAUGUUACUCUGCAAGUGUUGAUUAUGAUUGUCAGAAACUGCGAAUGUGAUAAAUUCCCCAAGACACAAGGAGCGCGUGGCCAUAGAGCGGCCACCCUCCCUCCAGCCCCGCCAACUCAGCCUCUGCCCCAGCUGCUGCAAACAGUGGCGUCGGUACUUGCUCUCCCCAGCCAAGAUCUGUCAGCUUGUAUCUGUAUCUUAGUUAUGCAAGACUGUAACCUAGUAAAGUCUCUUGCUGCAAAUAUUAGAUUGGGAGCCAGACUCAGUGCGGGAAGGAGAGAUGGGUGCUGGCAGCGAUGUGGCCCAGCUGUGUUUAGACUCAGAGUUGAUAGGUUACUCUUAUAACUCUGCUUCAUAGAAAAUUACAAUUGCAUUAUGUAUAUUAUUAAAGGGCUGUUCAUUUAUAUGUAUAGUGUUGUCUCCCUUCGAGAAAAUGGAUGAGUCAUUAUCUCAAAAGCUUUAGAUUAAGUUUUCCCUCGUAUGAUGACCUUGUGCCUGCCAGGGCCCAGGAAAGUCUAAACAGGCUGUGUAGCUGUGUGGUAAGAAUGUCUCAUAGCUUGAAUGGUGUGUAAAUAGACAUGUGACCCAUUUCUCUGAGAAAUCUGUUAUACCUAACUCUUACUAGUAUCAUUUUUCUCUCUUCUUUUUGAGUCUGGAUCCCUCUUGUGAAUUGCAGCAUAUGAACAUACUAACAGUGAUGAAGACUAUUAUGAUAAUGUUUAGAAACCUCAGCAUAAUGGAUCAGCUAACUGAAUGACAUCCUCUCAUCCUGACAGUAAGCUAAAUACCUAGAACAACUCUGAUAUUCUUGUUAAUACUGCUUUAAUAAAAGUCCAUCAUUUAUCCCAUGAAGGCCCAAGUAGGUGUUGCCUUGACUUCCCUGGAGGGAGACAUCACUGUAUGUAGUACCAAGGUUGAGCAAGAUCUGCAUUUCAGUCAGUGUGCAGGACGCAUCACACAGUUGAUCGGUGCUAGCAAAGCAGCGGCUAUGAGGUUCAGCAAGGGGGUCAUGCCAAGAGUCAGGGUGAGCAAUGGUUCUCAGAACAGCCUACUUUUUGAGGAUGUGUUUGGGGCUAUUCUAGGGAAGAAUGUUAUGAUUAUUAAUCUAUUUACUUGAUAUAUUUCUUGUACAUAGAUGACUAUUAACAAUGAUGUUGAGGGUAUUGAGUAUUAUAUGUAUUUGAUAUGAAGACGGUAACAGCUCUGUCCCAGGGCUGAAGGGGGCCCGGUGCCUCACUGGUGCCGGACUCUCGGCUCCAUGGCGCUAAUCACAUGUUAUAGUAACGUGUAAUCUAGCCUUGUUAAUAAUCACCAAUAAUACUAUAAUUACCAGCUCUGCCAUUCUUCUACUUUGUGACAUGCUUUUAAAUAAUUUACUUCUAUAGAUAUUAUGUAUAAAGUAACUCUUAUAUUUUAGAUCAUAGAUCCUGAAUAAGUCAUGUUCCCCAAAACUUAUUUUAUUUAUGUAGUUUAAAGUUUUUUUUACAUUUGUGUUGCAUUUACCCUGGUGCACAUUGAGGUUUAUUGAAGUUUUCACACUAGCUGAGCCCUCUGUCUUGGGUAGACUUAUCAUUUAUAUAUUAUUAAAUGCUCAAAGAUUUUAUGACUGCUUGAAAUUCUUUUAAAUUUCAUGUGUUACUUUAAUAAAAAGGAAUAUAUUUGUUUGUUACACUGUCAGAUGGAGCCAUUUAUUAUUCUCAGCAACACUUUAUUUUGGGCUCCCCUAGUGGGCCAAUCUUCAGAACUAAACAUCACUGUACUUGUAAAAGUGCUCUAUGUGGUAUAAAAUCUACCAAUAAUUAAA